AUGCCAGCGUCUGCCGUCAUUCUAUCGUCCCGAAGGGCAAUUUUGCUGGUCUCAUUAGAUCGCCACGAGAAGUUCCUCCUUGAUUUUCUCCCGGAACGAGACGCUAUCGAGAUCAAAACGCGCAUAACAAAGUUCGACCAGCUGUCCAUUGACUUGGAGAAAAUCCAAGGUCAGCUAGAGGAUUUGGCAAUCACCGAAGAAGAAAUUGCGCACAAUGCCGCUUUACGCGAUGAUUUUGAGCCGCGCUUGAUACGCGCACAUUCCCAGCUAAAGGCUAAAAGGGUGCAUGUUCCUCGAAGCAUUAGUUCCACACCAAACGCGGGCCCGAGCCCCCUAGUAGGCAUUAAACUUCCCACCAUCGCGCUUCCCGAAUACGAUGGUGAUUACAUGCAGUGGCUAACGUAUAGGGACACUUUUGAGGGCUUAAUACAUGAUAACCCCGAGCUACCACCGAUCCAAAAGUUCCACUAUUUGCGCGCAUCCUUAAAGGGAGAAGCCGCUAAGGUUAUUGAAUCCAUCACCAUCAGUGCCGCAAACUAUGAAAUAGCAUGGAAAAUACUGACGGAGCGUUACUCUAACGAGUACCUGUUAAAAAAGCGUCAUUUGCAAGCCUUAUUCGGAAUGGCCACCAUGAAACGCGAAAGUGCCUCAACCCUUCACCAUCUUGUCGAUGAGUUCGAGCGGCACAAGAAAACGCUAAACCACUUGGUGCGAGCACUAUUGGAUAGUGCCUCGCAGCCUGAUUUGAUGAGCACCAAACUUGCUCAGAGGUUAGCGUUGAAACAUGAUACGGUCAACGUAACGCUCAUCGGUGCGGGUCACUCUUCCACCCCGGUGCGGAAAUCGGUGCGUGCGAAGAUUUCCUCCCGAACGGGCCAAUAUCAGCUGAAUGCUGAUUUCUUGAUUGUGGACAAUUUGAUUGGGGAUUUGCCAGCACAUGAUGUGCGCACCGCCGAGUGGCAAAUUCCGCCGAAUUUUAUGCUUGCCGACCCCCAGUUUAAUAAGUCGGCACCGCUCGAUCUUAUCCUCGGUGCCCGGCAUUAUCAUGCAUUUUUCCAGAGCGGGGCGCAAUAUAAAAUUUCGCAUAACCUUCCUGUCCUCAUUGAAAGUGUGUUCGGCUGGAUCGUGACCGGCUCAGCAUCAGCAUGUAAUAGCAACACCGAAACUUCCAACGCAUCUUCCGUCGUCUGCAUGAGCACGCUUGAGGAAUCACUCGAGCGAUUCUGGAAAGUGGAAGAAUUACAAAUAAGAGAUGGUUACUCCCCCGAAGAAAGGCGCCUAGAACGCGAUCCUCACAUUAAAGCGGCAUACCAUGAAUUCAUGCAUGAAUAUUUGGAGCUAGGGCACAUGUCGCUGAUACAAGCUCCAGCUGACGACGAAUCAGCAUAUUAUCUGCCGCACCAUCCCGUAUUCAAGGCUUCGAGCACAACAACAAAAACCAGGGUGGUGUUUGAUGGAUCAGCGAAAACAUCAUCUGGAUACUCGCUCAACGAAGCGUUAUGUGUCGGACCUGCAGUGCAGGAUGAUUUGUUGGACAUCAUUCUACGAUUCCGCACGUAUAAGGUGGCGGUUGUUGGAGACAUUGCUAAAAUGUACCGCCAAAUACUACUGCAUCCAGACGAUAGGAAGUAUGCCCGCAUUUGUUUCCGGUUUGAUGCGCAUUCACCGAUCCAGUAUUACGAGCUGAACACCGUAACCUAUGGGUUGUCCCCAUCAUCCUUCCUUGCAACUCGAACCUUGCAGCAGCUUGCAAACGAUGAGGGAACCACAUAUCCUGUUGCCGCAUCCGCUCUGAAGAGCAAUUUCUACGUGGACGACUUCAUAGGCGGUGCGGAUUCGAUCGAAAGCGCUCGGCGUCUACGAGUAGAGUUAGAUGAAUUACUUUCAAGGGGUGGUUUUGAAUUACGGAAGUGGACUUCAAACCGAUUAGAGGUACUUACCGGUCUAACUGCGGAUCAGAUCGGCACACAGUCAGCGCUACAGUUUAUACCCGACGAAACGGUAAAGACUCUUGGAGUUUCGUGGGAGCCAGAACAUGAUGUUCUAUCAUUCGAGUCCGCAAUCGACACCGACACAGCAAGUCCUACUAAAAGAAGCAUCCUCUCUAACAUAGCCCGCAUGUUCGAUCCGCUUGGCCUGAUUUCUCCCAUAGUCGUACGAGCCAAAAUCUUGAUGCAGGAGUUGUGGUUGCAGAAAGCUGGUUGGGACGAUCUUGUUCCUGAUUCUAUCUGCAAGAAAUGGAAAAAUAUUCAGCAAGAUUGGCCACUCAUAUCCGGUUUUAAGAUCGAUCGCUAUGCGCUGUUACCUGGUAGUAAAUUGCAGUUACACACCUUCUGUGACGCAUCUGAAGCAGCUUACGGGGCCUGCAUUUAUGUUCGUUGCGAAAGUGAGCAAGGGGAAGUUCGCACCACGUUACUUUCAUCCAAGUCGCGAGUGGCACCACUUAAGCGUGUCACACUACCUCGACUGGAACUGUGUGCUGCAGUAUUAGGCGCUCAUCUUUACGAUCGAGUCAAGAAGGCGAUGGGACUACACGCAGCAGAAGUAUUCUUUUGGUCCGAUUCUACCGUCACGUUAAAGUGGAUCAGCGCCUCACCUAACACGUGGGCAACGUUCGUAGGCAACCGAGUAUCGGAGGUGCAGCAUUAUACUCAUCCUCGUCAGUGGAGGCAUGUUCCCGGCUCAACUAACCCUGCCGAUAUGGUCUCACGCGGCAUGUCAGCAGCAGAUUUCCUGCAGAGCAAGCUGUGGAGUUGCGGUCCGGAAUGGCUAGCACUACCCGCAUCCAACUGGCCCAACUGUAAUCCUGAACCAGCUGAAGAUACGAAUCUCGAAAUUCGUCAGCUACACGCGAUUGUUGCGCAUCGUUGCAUACUGCAUUCGCUUCACACGUAA